AUGGCGGAGGGCACUGCAGAGGCCCCGGCCGAGGGCGGGGGCGGCGGCGGCGGCGGCGAUGCGGCGGCCGGCGCCUCGGACCGGGCCGUGGUGUCCAUCAAGUCCCAGUUCCUCACCACCAAGGAGAGUUUUCAUGAGUUCCUGGAAGCCAACAGGCCGGGGAAAGCCCGUCCGAAGGAGGAAGAGGAGAAGGAGGAGGAGGCCGCACACGUGGAUGGCGGAGACCCCGAGGGCGAGCCCGAUGCCAAGCGCAUCCGCCUGCAAGAUGGGCAGCCUCCCGUGGGGGCGGCCCCUGGGGCCCGGCAGCAGCAGCAGCAGCAGAAGAAAGCCCGCGGCCAGAACAAGAGCCGGCCGCACACGAAGCCCACCAAAUACGAUCAGUACCGACUGUGCCCCACCGUCAUCCAGGAGUCGGCGUCCUCCUGUCUCUUCGGCGACCGUUGCCGCUUCCUGCACGACCUGGGCCCCUACCUAGAGACCAAGCCGGCCGACCUGGGCCCCCGCUGCGUGCUCUUCGACACCUUCGGCCGCUGCCCCUACGGUGUCACCUGUCGUUUCGGCGGCGCCCACCUGGGCCCCGACGGCCAGAACCUGGUGCGGGAAGAGGUGGUGGCGCGCUGGGCGCAGGCCACCCCGAUCCGCAACGGCCUGGACAAGGCCCUGCAGCAGCAGCUGCGGAAACGCCUGGUCCGCUUUGAGGCGGCCGAGCAGGCCCUGCAGCAGCUGAGCCCUGGCGGGGGCGGUGGUGGUGGUGAUGGUGGUGGCGGAGGCACCGGGGGUCCCGGGGACACUGGGGGCACCGGGCAGGAGUCCCCCGCGGCCUGCAGCAGCCCCGUGCGCACCUGCGGACCACUCACCGACGAGGACGUGGUCAAGCUACGGCGCUGUGAGAAGAAGCGGCUCGACAUCAACGGCAAACUGUACCUGGCACCCCUUACCACGUGUGGGAACCUACCCUUCCGCCGGAUCUGCAAACGCUUCGGGGCGGACGUGACGUGCGGGGAGAUGGCGGUGUGCACCAACCUGCUGCAGGGCCGGACCUCCGAGUGGGCCCUCCUCAAGCGGCACCAGAGCGAGGACCUGUUCGGGGUGCAGCUGGAGGGCGCCUUCCCCGACUCCAUGACCAAGUGCGCCGAGCUGCUGAACCGCACGGUUGAGGUGGACUUUGUGGAUGUGAACGUGGGCUGCCCCAUCGACCUCGUGUACAAGAAGGGCGGGGGCUGCGCCCUCUUGAACCGCCCAGCCAAGUUCCAGCAGAUUGUCCGGGGAAUGGACCAGGUGCUGGACGUGCCGCUCACAGUGAAGAUCCGCACGGGCAUCCAGGAGCGCGUGAACCUGGCACACCGCCUGCUGCCCGACCUGAGGGAGUGGGGCGCAGCCCUGGUGACGCUGCACGGCCGUUCCCGGGAACAGCGCUUCACCAAGCUGGCUGACUGGGGCUACAUCAAGCAGUGCGCGGUCGCCGCCAGCCCCAUGCCGCUGUUUGGCAAUGGGGACAUCUUGUCCUACGAGGACGCCAACCGCGCCAUGGAGACGGGCGUGGCAGGGGUCAUGAUCGGCCGCGGUGCCCUGCUGAAACCCUGGCUCUUCACGGAGAUCAAGGAACAGCGACACUGGGACAUCUCUUCGGCCGAGCGCCUGGACAUCCUGCGCGACUUCACCAGCUACGGCCUGGAGCACUGGGGCUCCGACACGCGCGGUGUGGAAAAGACACGGCGCUUCUUGCUCGAGUGGCUGUCCUUCCUGUGCAGGUACGUGCCCGUGGGCCUGAUGGAACGCCUUCCCCAGAGGAUCAAUGAGUGGCCGCCAUACUAUCUGGGCCGGGACUACCUGGAGACGCUCAUGGCCAGCCAGCAGGCCGCCGACUGGAUCCGAAUCAGUGAGAUGCUCCUGGGCCCGGUGCCCCCCAACUUUGUCUUCCUCCCGAAGCACAAAGCCAACGCCUACAAGUAGCUGGGGGCCACCACGCCGCCCCCCCGGCAGCUCCCCACGCCCGUGAAGGACCAAUAAAUUUUAUUCUUUUAAAACCA